AUGAGUUCAACUUCAACCUCUACUCGAAACCUCUCCCAUAUCAUCCCACUCGACUUCAACUCCGUCGACACAUUACCUGACUCCCACACUUGGGACUCCUCCCCGGACCACCACCUUUUCACAGAAUUUGUACCCAUCAUAGACCUACACGACCCGAACGCCGCCACGCUCAUACGGCUUGCCUCCGAGCAAUGGGGUGUGUUCCAAGUCACCAACCACGGCGUUCCAAUGAACUUGGUACAAGAAGCAGAGGUACAAGCCCGUGGGUUGUUUGAGCUGCCUAGAGACCAAAAACUCCGGGCACUCCGAUCACCAGAGAGCUUCAGCGGUUACGGGAGUGCCGGCAAUGCCGCUAACUUCUCAAAGCUGAUGUGGUCGGAGGGUUUCACGAUCAUGGGGUCACCGGUUGAACAUGCUGCUCAACUCUGGCCAGAUGACCAGUCGGUCCAAACUCACUUCUGUGAUGUAAUGGAGGAGUACCAAAAGAAGAUGAAGGGCCUAUCUGGAAAACUGAUACGGCUGAUGCUUGGAUCAUUGGGCUUGGACAAGGAAGAUGUUAAAUGGCUGAACCGGCCCAAAAGGAGUAGCACAAAUUUUCCACAGGUCCUGCAAUUGAACUAUUAUCCGGUUUGUCCAGACCCGACCCGAGCCAUGGGGUUGGCUCCUCAUACAGACACCUCGGUUUUCACUGUGCUAAACCAGUGUGACAUAAGUGGCCUGCAAGUCUUCCAGGAAGGGAUCGGCUGGAUGUCCGUUCAGCCGAUCCCUGGUGCACUUGUAGUCAAUGUAGGUGAUUUGAUGCACAUAUUAUCCAACGGACGGUUCAAGACUACAAUUCACCGUGCGGUUGUCAAUGAGUUACAUCACCGCAUCUCCAUUGCCUACUUCUAUGGGCCACCGUAUGACGUGAAGAUAUCGCCGCUGAUGAAGUUGAUCGGCCAAGAUCAUCCUCCUCUAUAUCGGCCGGUAACUUGGAAGGAAUACCUUGGUAUCAAGGGAACACAUUUCAACAGGGCACUUGAGUUGAUCAGGAAUGACACAGGCUAUGCAUCAUUCAUAUAUGAAUAG